AUGCCAGUUAGUAUUCUUGUCAAAUCACCUUUUACAACUGAUAUUGAUUCAAUUCAUCAUUAUCGUCCUGUUCAAUCUCCUGUUACUAGACAUCGCCGUACAUCUAUUGUAUCAAUUGUUCAACCAGAUCCAUUGAAAAUUGUAUUACCAACAGAUGAAGUAACACUGAAAAGACAUCUUGGUUUAUUUUCAGGAAUCUGUUUUAUUAUUGGUAUCAUCAUUGGUUCUGGUAUAUUUAUCUCACCUAAAGGUGUUUUGCGAGAAACACAAUCAGUUGGUCUCUGUUUGAUCAUUUGGGUUGCAUGUGGUUUAGUUUCUUUACUUGGAGCACUUUGCUAUGCAGAGAUUGGUACAGUAAUACCUAGAAAUGGGGCAGAAAUUGCGUAUCUAAAAGAAGGUAUUGGAUCGGUUCAUGAAAGAACAGGCGAUAUAUUAGCGUAUCUUUUCUGUUGGACAAAUACAUUUAUUAUGAGACCAUCAAGUAUUGCAGUUCUUAGUCUUAGCUCUGCUCAAUACUUUUGGUCUGGCAUUAUACAAGAAUGUGAACUUCCAGAAGGAUUAAUCAAAAUGACAGCUAUUUUUGCUCUUUUGAUGUUGAUCAAUAUUAAUUGUAUCAGUGUGUCUGCAGCUAAUCGUCUUAAUAUCAUAUUUGUUAUCAGCAAAGUAUCGUCUAUUUUAGUAGUCGUAAUAGCUGGUCUUAUAAGAAUGGGAAAAGGACAUACACAAAACUUCCAAAAUAGUUUUGAUGGUACGACUAAAAAUCCGUUGGGUGUUGCACUUGCAUUCUACUCUGGUCUUUGGGCAUAUGACGGAUGGAAUUGUCUUAAUUCAGUGACAGAAGAACUCAAAAAUCCUAAAAGAAAUCUAUGGUUAUCUAUUGUAUUAGCUUUACCUUCUGUUAUGAUCCUAUAUGUUCUUACUAAUAUUUCUUAUUUUACUGUAAUGAACAAAGCAGAAUUACUUACUUCUCAAUCUGUUGCUGUAACGUGGGGCGAAGCUGUAUUAGGUCCAGUUGUACGUGUUCUGCCUAUUAUCAUUUCUAUUAGUGCAUUAGGUAGUGCUAAUGGAAGUAUCUUUGGAGGUGCUCGAUAUUGUAUGGUUGGUGCUCAGUAUGGAUAUUUGCCAGAAGUAUUUGCAUGUAUUCAUUUACGAAGAUUGACCCCAAUGCCUAGUGUUGUCCUUCAGGGUGUCAUUGCAAUUAUGUUUUGUUUUCCAAGUAAUAUUGACGAUUUGAUCGACUUUUUUAGUUUUGUUGCAUGGAUUUUUUAUGGAUUAACAUUUGUUGCUACACUUUGCUGUAAAUUUACUAAUAGGAAUGCAGAACGAGUGAUCAGUGUUCCUAUUCCAUUGAUUAUCAUUAUUGUUCUUAUCUCAAUUUAUUUGGUUAUUGCACCUGUAAUUACAUCGCCAAAUAUUGGAUUUCUUUGUGCAGCAGUUUUGAUUCUUUUUGGUUGUAAUAUUGCUUUGUUAGCACGUUCUAAUGAUGUUCUUGAAAGUGUAGCUACAGAAUGUUCAAAAUAUGAUGUCAAAGCUCAUGUUAUUAUUUGUGAUAUGUCAUCAAAAUAA